AUGGAAAAGACAGACCUGGCUCUCUUGCAGAUUGAACAGGAUGGUGUCACGGUGAAGGGCAAUCCCCACUUUAACCCAGACCCAGAUGCGGAGACCCUGUACAAAGCCAUGAAGGGGAUCGGGACCAAUGAGCAGGCCAUCAUCGACGAGCUCACCGAGACCUUGAAGUCGGAGCUGAGUGGCAAGUUUGAGAGGCUCAUUGUGGCCCUCAUGUACCCGCCAUACAGAUACGAAGCCAGGGAGCUGCAUGAUGCCAUGAAGGGCUUGGGAACCAAAGAGGGCGUCAUCAUUGAGAUCCUGGCCUCUCGGACCAAGAACCAGCUACAGGAGAUAAUGAAGGCAUACAAGGAGGACUAUGGGUCCAGCCUGGAGGAAGACAUCCAAGCAGACACGAGUGGCUACCUGGAGAGGAUCCUGGUGUGCCUCCUGCAGGGCAGCAGGGAUGAUGUGAGCAGCUUUGUGGACCCAGGGCUGGCACUCCAGGAUGCACAGGAUCUGUAUGCUGCGGGGGAGAAGAUUCGCGGGACUGACGAGAUGAAAUUCAUCACCAUCCUGUGCACGCGUAGUGCCACUCACCUGAUGAGAGUGUUUGAGGAAUAUGAGAAAAUCGCCAACAAGAGCAUCGAGGACAGCAUCAAGAGUGAGACCCACGGCUCACUGGAGGAGGCCAUGCUCACCGUGGUGAAAUGCACCCGGAACCUCCACAGCUACUUUGCAGAGAGACUCUACUAUGCCAUGAAGGGUAGCGGGACUGUUUAUGUGGUGGCUAGGGCUCCCGGUCUUCCAUUGGACGAGGAGGACACUGCAUUUCCUUCUGUGAGCUCUCGGUGCUGGAAGUCUAAGGUCAAAGUGCCACUGAUUCGGUUCCCGGUGAGGGCAGCCACCUUCUGGACACAUCCCCACAUGACCUUUCAUCGGCGCUUGGAUGGACAGAGGACGAGCGAGUCUCUCUAUUCCUACACGGUCACUAGUCCCACCGCCCAGGACCUCACAUCUGUGUUCUGA